GAUCGACUUCUUCUCUUCGCAGACUCCUUGGGUACAUCGAGAAGGCCAGCAUCGGGAACCAUACGGCUCACCGCUCAAGAUGCCGGCUCCUCUUGCUCGAGGUAUAAUCAUUGCAGCCACCAUUGUCGUCGCUGCCGGUUUGGCCGCAUAUGAAAACCCCGAGGUGCGAGCAUGGAUCGACCGCACGAGGCACAAGAUUGCCAUGGGCCUCCACAACCUCGGGGACGAAAUCAACCCAAAACAGCGACCUCGGACACACCGGCCUUCCACUGAUGCCUCAAUGCACGAAGAGAAGGGAGAUCUCGCAGAAGCACGACGAAUGGAGGCAAUUGCAGAGAUCAUGGAACGAGGGCGAAUUAUGGAAGAAAGGAGGAAGAGAAGGAAACUGUCGACCGAGAAGUCGAGGAAAUCAAGCUUCGACACCCUCGUGGACGAAAAUGGCAAUCUGAUUGAGCAGACAACAACACCGCAGCCCGAGACAGAAGCCCAUUCUUCAGCCGUUGAUCCUUCUGGGCAGCACGAGACCCUUAGACAGCGUAGGCAAUCCGGGCAAAUGCAAGAAGAGAGCCCAGCGCUUCACGAGUCUGUGGACCAAAGCCUUCCUUUACGCAACCUUCCUCCCCGCCCUCUUGAUCAGGAGGAGAACACCACCUUCGAGUCACGAUAUGAACGGGAGAUGCGUGAGGCUUGGAAUAUUCCGUUGUCCGACAGACGAAUCGAGCUUCCUUCCAGUCACCCCUCCGAAAGCCUACUCGAUCUCACCCCUUCUACAGAGGAUGCUCCAGAUCCGGACUAUUCGGUUCCGUCCCGAGAAUACCUGAACCGUCGCUUUGAUCGGCCAGAGUAUUUCUCCGUUGCGGCCUCACACUCGAGCCAUACCCUGUCCGAUCACGAAUCACAAAGUCAAUUUCCGGCUCAGAGCACGUAUCUAAAUCGUCCUUCAACGACGACAGAGCAACUCACCCCAAACGCAACCAACCCUUCGUCUCGAGCUCCAACCGUAGAUGGAAGCAUAAGCAGUAUUCAUGCAAGCGAGGCGGAAGAUAGCGCGGAUGAUGUGCUCAGUGAGAUUGGAGAUGGUGUUCGUACCCCGGCAAGUGUCUGGACCGAAGUAGAUUCGACCGUUAGCGGAGAUGGAUUGUAAUGCAGGUCUUAUAUGGAGUUUGGGGUCCUUGGGGCGCACUCGAGGAGCAUACAAGCGACAUAGCCAGAGUUUCUUGUUUAGAAGACAGGGACGGUCGGCUGCGGAGUGAUUUUGGCGAACUGGACGGACGGCUACAGACUUCAUAUAUGUAAGUGGUGGCGUCCUGGCUGUGUCGCGUCAAUCUCCUGCACGCUGCCGUCUGGAUGUGAAGAGUUUCAAUGUGUUCACCGAUUCUUUCA